GCCAUAAUUGGCUAGGCUGAGCCCAGGCCCGAGCGUUGAUUGGAGGACCGGCACUCCCCGCCCCCCCGGGGCCCGCCUCUCGCGCUUCAGUUCCGUUAGCAGACGCAGCGCGAUGACGUACACCCCCGACAUUCCACGUCCAAGAUGGCCGCAGUCGGCAAGGAGAGACGUCGCUAAGGGGCUUACCUCAGGCGAGGGAUUCUAACAUUUUUCCGAAAGUCUUUUGGAAAGAACAAGUCUACUUCAAUAAAUGAAGGAGAAUAAAGAAAAUUCAAGCCCUUCAGUAACCUCAGCAAACCUGGACCACACAAAACCAUGUUGGUACUGGGAUAAAAAAGACUUGGCUCAUACACCCUCACAGCUAGAAGGACUUGAUCCAGCUACUGAGGCCCGGUACCGCCGAGAAGGGGCACGGUUCAUCUUUGAUGUGGGCACACGUUUGGGACUACACUAUGACACCCUGGCAACUGGAAUAAUUUAUUUUCAUCGCUUCUAUAUGUUCCAUUCCUUCAAGCAAUUUCCAAGAUAUGUGACAGGAGCUUGUUGUCUCUUUCUGGCUGGGAAAGUAGAAGAAACACCAAAAAAAUGUAAAGAUAUCAUCAAAACAGCACGGAGUUUAUUAAAUGAUGUACAGUUUGGCCAGUUUGGCGAUGACCCAAAGGAAGAAGUAAUGGUUCUGGAGAGAAUCUUACUGCAGACCAUAAAGUUUGAUUUACAGGUAGAACAUCCGUACCAAUUCCUACUCAAGUAUGCAAAACAACUCAAAGGUGACAAAAACAAAAUUCAAAAGUUGGUUCAAAUGGCAUGGACAUUCGUCAAUGACAGUCUCUGCACGACCUUGUCACUACAGUGGGAACCAGAGAUCAUAGCAGUGGCAGUGAUGUAUCUUGCGGGACGUUUGUGCAAAUUUGAAAUACAGGAAUGGACCUCCAAACCCAUGUACAGGAGAUGGUGGGAGCAGUUUGUGCAAGACGUCCCUGUGGAUGUUUUGGAAGACAUCUGCCACCAAAUCCUGGAUCUGUACUCACAAGGGAAACAACAGAUGCCUCAUCACACCCCCCACCAGCUGCAGCAGCCCCCAUCUCUCCAGCCGACACCGCAAGUGCCACCAGUGCCACCGUCACAGCCGCCUCCGGGCCCUGAGCCACCCCAGCCCCCACAGAAGGACUCGCAGCAGCCAGCCCAGCAGCCGCCGCCGCCGCCUGCCCAGCCGCCCAAGAAGCCGUCCCCGCAGCCCAGUCCCCCCCGGCAGGCGAAGCGAGCCGUGGUUGUUUCUCCCAAAGAAGAGAACAAAGCAGCAGAACCACCACCACCUAAAAUUCCCAAAAUCGAGCCCACUCACCCUCCAUUGCCUCCAGCCCAUCCACCUCCAGACAGGAAGCCGCCCCUCGCAGCCGCGUUGGGUGAGGCCGAGCCUCCAGGCCCGGUGGAAGCCGGCGACCUCCCCAAGGUCCAGAUCCCUCCUCCGGCCCACCCAGCGCCUGUGCACCAGCCGCCGCCGCUACCGCACCGGCCACCGCCGCCGCCGCCCUCUAGCUACAUGACGGGGAUGUCCACCAGCAGCUCCUACAUGUCCGGGGAGGGCUACCAGAGCCUGCAGUCCAUGAUGAAGACCGAGGGCCCCUCCUACGGGGCGCUGCCGCCCGCCUACGGCCCACCGGCCCACCUGCCCUACCACCCGCACGUCUACCCGCCCAACCCGCCACCGCCGCCCGUGCCCCCGCCCCCCGCCUCUUUGCCCCCGGGCCUGGGCCUGCCACCAGCCAGCUACCCGCCUCCGGCGGUGCCCCCGGGGGGACAGCCCCCUGUGCCCCCGCCCAUCCCCCCACCUGGCAUGCCUCCCGUGGGGGGGCUGGGGCGGGCAGCCUGGAUGAGAUAACCUUUGACCCCUUUCUUUUCCUUUGUUGUUUUUUUAAGAAAAGUUUUUCUAAUCGACUUGAAAAGUAAUUUAAGUGGGUAAGCAGCAGGGUACCUUGUAUUAUGUCGACAGUUGGAGUAUGAGAAGAAGUGGACGGGACCAGAGAUGAAAUCGGGGUGCCCCUGCUCACCUGGAGAGUGGGUGCAGCAGCCCUCGGGGGGCCAGGCCGCCCAGCUGUGACCCCGCCGCCUCUCCCCGCGCCGCCUCUCCCAGCUCAGCCUUGUCCUCGGGCCCUGCGCUGGGUCACUUCCCGCUGGUGAGAAUGUUCACCAGCCAUGUUGGCUCAACACAGAGCUUCAGCGAGGAGUGCAUUUCCUUCUAGAAACCAGUGCCUAUUUUUCCUGGAAAGUCGUUUUCAAUAGUACAGUUCCGUCUGAAGUCAGGCUUGUCAUUGCUGUCAUUCAUGAAGUUCUCACCCACGGCUCCCAGGCCAAAUGAACCACUGUCUGAUUUAGAGAGAACCCACACCGUUUGUGUUCGAGUUACUCUGAAGGGGCUGCCUUGCUUUUUCCAGGGAGAAAGGGAGAAAUGUUCUUGGAAGUAAUGUAUGUUUACAUCAAUUUGCAAAUUCCUAUACAUAGAGAUAUAUUUUUUAAGUGUGAAUGUAACAACAUACUGUGAAUUCCAUCUUGGUUACAAACAAGACUCCUUCAGUCAGUUACCCAAAUAAAAUCAGUUCUGAAAUGG